GCCCCGCCCCUCCACUGACUUCCUCGUUCGGCUCGGUAGUUCCGACUAGAGAAGCGGCCCCGGGAACAUGGCGCUGAAUAAGAACCACUCUGAGAACGGCGGCGUGAUCGUCAACCAUGGCGAGAGCAUACUGAAGAUGUGUAAAGAUGUGGAGCUCUCCUUCAGUGACAUGGCCCACAAGACCGAAGCCUUUAAAGGCACAAAGAAGGGGAUCCUGUACCUCACCCCCUACAGGAUGAUCUUUCUAAGUAAGGGGAAGGAUGCUAUGAUGUCCUUUAUGAUGCCUUUCUAUCUGGUAAAAGGGUGCUCCAUAGAACAACCUGUGUUCUCAGCAAACUACAUAAAAGGCACUGUAACCUCUGAACCUAAUGGUGGUUGGGAAGGACAGGCCUCAUUUAAGCUUACCUUUAACAGUGGCGGAGCCAUUGAAUUUGGGCAACAAAUGUUUAAGCUGGCAACCAAUGCUUCUAGACCACCACAACAGCCUAAUCCGGGUUAUGGAUACACACCUGCUCCUGUACCAGGAGUUUAUGUUCCUGGAGGAUACCCACCUGCCCCAGGAGGAUAUGCUCCAGCCCCUCCUGCAGGACCCUACCCCUAUGUUCCCCCAACUAUGAAUGGAUAUGCUCCAGCACCUCAGCCCAUGGGUUAUCCGUACGCUGCACCAACAGGUCCUGGUAUGUAUCCACCACCACCUGAGAUGAAUCCUAUGUAUAUGGCACCUCCACCACCUUAUCCAGGACCACCUUAUUCUGGAGCCCCAGCCCCUACUGUUCCCUCCACAUGGACAGAAUCUGGCAUGCCAGGAGGGGACAAAGCUGCAGAAGCUGCAUCCAGUGCAUACUACAACCCUGCAAAUCCUCACAAUGUCUACAUGCCCAUGGAGCGGCCUCCUCCAUAUGCGCCUACAGAUGACAAGAAAACAAAUUAGAAUGGCAUGUUCCUUCUGGACUGCUUCUAUGUCUUUAUAUUUAGGCCCACUUUGUACUUUCAAGUCUGUUCCCUAAUUCUCAGUUCCCUGUGGCCAGCCUUGUAAGAAAACUGUGGCAGGUAUCAAUGAAUGAUUCCAAUAUUGGUAUCCAUUCUAAAGAGAGUAUUAACCUAUUUCUAACUGUAAGAUUUGUGACAUGGAUACUAAUAAGGUAUGUUUACUUCAGUGAUCUCAGUCAGGUGCCCCAAAAAGCUGUCAAAUGCAACAUCAAGGUUUGCCUUCAUCUUGCAUUUAGGUUGUAUAGCAUGAGGACUUCACAUCUUUUUUUUUUAUUUUCUCAGUUUAUUUUUUUUGUUAGAGAUGAAACACAUAAGUUGUC